AUGGAUGCCACCCCAGCCUUUCUGGAUGUCACCAGGAGGAACUCAGAGCCCAGCACUCUUCAGGGGACUCUGGGCAGCCUGGAAGGAGAGAACGACCAGAGCAGCAUCUUCCCUGGCUUUGUGGGAAUCCUGGCCAUCUUCCUGGUCAUCAUAGCUGCCUGCAUCCUGUGGAACUGGAACAAACAGAAGAAGCGGAAAAUUCCUUAUUUCCAGGUAGCUCCUUCACUGACUCUGCCUCGACCUAGACAACGAACCAAAAAUAUUUAUGACUUCUUGCCUUGGCAGCAAGCAGAGCUGGGGAGACAUCAGUCCAGUAGCCGUGGUUUCAGUACUGAGAACCUCCUCUCCAGAAAUUCUGACAGCCCUGAGCAUUCGGCCUCCCAAGCAGAUGGUGCCCUCCAAAUGCACAGAGCUUGUGUUCAUGCUGCAGAGUACACAGUGGGCAUCUAUGACAAUGCCACAGUGCCCCAGGUGUGUGGGCACCUCGCCUCUUCAGCACACCGGGUCGGUGUCAGAGCUUGUAGACAUAAUUUCAGCAUUUCUUCAGAGGAAUCAAAUGAUUAUGUCAACAUCCCUGCAGCAGAAGAAAACAGUGAGACUCUACCUUCUACCAACAGCCUAUCAGAAUAUUGCUUUGCUCUUCCGAGUGCCCAGGGGCUGGAGUUUAUUGAGGAAGGACACAGAGGCUAUGGGGAUGCCAUUGACCACACUAGAUUUUUGGCUCCAAAAACUAAGGUUAAUGAUACACUCAGUGAUGGAGAAGAUUCAUCUCAGACCUCAAAUGACUACAUCAACAUGACAGGUUUGGAUCUUCAGGACAUGCAAGAGACUCAGCCUAGGGUGGCUUUUCAGUGCUGCAGAGAUUAUGAAAAUGUCCCAUCAGCAGAUCCCAAUGGAAGCCAGCCUCAAGCUGAGGAAGAAAUGACAUUUUCAAAUAUAGACCAUGGAGAGGGCACGACAGAGAGUCCAAAAACCCAUAUCCAGCCUGUCUGGAGGGCCACAUCUACAGCAUUUUACGUGGCCUUUCAGCCAUCCACACAGAUUAACAAUCAGAUGGCACAUGAAGAAGAGCUGUCAGAAAAAGACUCUAGUGACUAUGAGAACGUGCUCAUUACUGAGUCAGGAGGCAGGAACUGGGAGCAGGGGCUUGACACUAGGCGCCCUUCUGAUGCACAAAUGCUCAGUGAGUGA